UUGGGUUUUUCUAUAAAUCCUCACUCAUCUUCUUCCUUUAUAUGUGAAGAAAGAAGAAAUAAGAAACCUAAUAGCAGAACUGCUGCUGCUGAAUUUAUCGGCCGACUCCACCGAUUUUUCGGCAAAAUCUGUUUGUUUAAACCUCUUUCCUCUUUAAAUCACCUGGUCAUAGGGAGAUUCUUCCGAUUUUCUAGCUUCCAGAUUUGAAUAUAUCUUCCAGAUUUUUCCCCUAAACAUAGUACCCAAUAUAUUAUUUAAACCAUACUUCUUCUUUGUUAAUCUUAAUACAACUUUCUGUUUUUUUUUUUUCUGUUGAUUUUGAUAAAUCCUAAACACCCAUUUCGUUAAUUUUGAGUUUGCGUUUCGUUCACAUAUUAAACUAUCAGAUCCGCUGAGUUGCUCUUUGUACGACGUGGGAAUUCUAUAUUUGUGUAUUGUGUGUGAUAGUAUAUUUAUUGUAUUAAUCUCGUUUGUGAUUAUACAAUGCUGGCGAAACCUGGUUCUCUUCUUAAACUUCCGGCUGCUCCUUAUUCAUUUGAUAACACCUCUGUUAAGCCUCAAUUGAAUGUUAACCCCAAAGCUCGUUUAGGAGCGAGAGCUGCUCGAUGUUCCGCUUCCAAGGGAGGGUCCGGGUUGUUAAAUGUGUCGGAGAAGAAGUUUUUUGGAGCCCGCUUGAGGGCUCCGGGAUCCGGAAGAUUUCAGUUUUGGCAUUUGGAUGGUCCUGGCCGGUCACCGAAGCUUCGACUUGCUAUCCGGUCGGGUUUGUCGGCUGUGCCUGAGAAACCUCUUGGUCUUUAUGAUCCUUCGUUCGAUAAGGACUCCUGUGGAGUUGGGUUUGUUGCUGAAUUAUCCGGCGAAACCAGCCGCAAAACGAUUACAGAUGCUUUGGAAAUGUUGGUUCGUAUGUCACAUAGAGGUGCUUGCGGUUGUGAAACAAAUACUGGUGAUGGAGCUGGAAUUCUUCUUGCUCUUCCACACGAGUUCUUUAAACAGGCGGCAAGAGAUAAUGGUUUCGAACUCCCACCGGCGGGACAGUAUGCUGUUGGCAUGUUUUUCUUGCCCACGUCGGAUUCUCGUAGAGAAGAAAGUAAAAAAGUAUUUGCACAGGUUGCUGAAUCACUUGGGCACUCUGUUCUUGGAUGGCGGUCUGUGCAAACAGACAAUACUGGAUUGGGGAAGUCUGCCUUGCUGACGGAACCUGUGAUUGAGCAAGUGUUCCUUACCCCAAGUACAAAAUCGAAAGUUGACUUGGAGAAACAGAUGUACAUAUUAAGAAGGCUCUCAAUGGUAGCUAUUCGUGCUGCACUAAAUCUUGAGCACGGUGGUGCUAGAGAUUUCUACAUAUGUUCUCUCUCCUCUAGGACUAUUGUGUACAAAGGUCAGUUGAAGCCUGUACAAUUGAAAGAUUAUUACCUGGAUCUUGGGAAUGAAAGGUUUACGAGCUACAUGGCCCUGGUACACUCCCGGUUCUCAACCAACACUUUUCCUAGUUGGGAUCGUGCUCAGCCUAUGCGUGUUUUGGGCCACAAUGGAGAAAUAAACACCCUUAGAGGCAACGUGAAUUGGAUGAAGGCACGUGAAGGUCUACUGAAGUGUAAGGAACUCGGUCUAUCAGAAGACGAGUUAAAACAUCUAUUGCCUAUUGUGGAUGCCAGUUCCUCAGAUUCAGGAGCUUUUGAUGGUGUUCUUGAGCUUUUAAUUAGAGCUGGUAGAAGUCUUCCUGAAGCUGUCAUGAUGAUGAUCCCUGAAGCAUGGCAAAAUGACAAGAAUAUGGAUCCUCAGAGGAAGGCAUUAUAUGAGUACUUCUCAUGUCUUAUGGAACCGUGGGAUGGACCGGCUCUUAUUUCAUUUACUGAUGGCCGCUAUCUUGGAGCUACUUUGGAUCGCAAUGGACUGCGGCCUGGUCGUUUCUAUGUAACUCACAGUGGGCGAGUUAUAAUGGCUAGUGAGGUUGGUGUCGUAGACAUUGCACCAGAAGAUGUUUCACGGAAAGGAAGGCUCAACCCAGGGAUGAUGCUUUUAGUGGAUUUUGAAAAUCAUGUUGUUGUAGACGAUGAAGCCCUGAAGCAGCAAUAUUCUCUUGCUAGGCCUUAUGGAGAAUGGCUUAAAAACCAGAAGAUUGAACUAAAGGACGUCAUUGGCUCAAUUGAUAAAAGUGAAAUGACCACUCCAGCGAUUACAGGAGCAUUGUCUGCUGAGGACAAUAUGAACAAUAUGGGCAUUCAUGGCUUACUCACUCCCUUGAAAGCCUUUGGCUACACUACUGAAGCCUUGGAGAUGUUGUUGCUUCCUAUGGCAAAAGAUGGUGUUGAGGCCCUUGGUUCCAUGGGAAAUGAUACUCCCUUAGCUGUCAUGUCCAACAGAGAAAAGCUCACCUUUGAGUACUUCAAGCAAAUGUUCGCACAGGUUACAAAUCCUCCCAUUGAUCCCAUCAGAGAAAAGAUUGUGACCUCCAUGCAAUGUAUGAUUGGUCCAGAAGGGGAUCUGACUGAGACUACUGAAGAACAAUGCCAUCGGCUCUCAUUGAAAGGUCCUCUCUUAUCCAUUGGAGAAAUGGAAGCAAUAAAAAAGAUGAACUAUAGGGGCUGGCGAAGUAAAGUUUUAGAUAUCACAUAUCCAAAAUACCUUGGUAGGAGAGGAUUGGAGGAGACCUUGGAUAGGAUUUGUUCCGAAGCUCAGAAUGCAAUUCAGGAGGGUUUCACUACACUUGUUCUUUCUGAUAGAGCAUUCUCAAGCAAGCGUGUUGCUGUGAGCUCGCUCCUGGCUGUUGGUGCUGUCCAUCAGUAUCUAGUUAAAAAUCUAGAACGCACUCAAGUUGGCUUGAUAGUAGAAUCAGCAGAACCCCGCGAAGUUCACCAUUUUUGUACACUUGUGGGGUUUGGUGCUGAUGCUAUAUGCCCUUACCUGGCUAUUGAAGCCAUCUGGAGAUUACAAAUUGAUGGUAAAAUUCCGGCAAAAUCAAGUGGUGAAUUCCACACCAAGGAGGAAUUGGUCAAAAAGUAUUUCAAGGCAAGCAACUACGGGAUGAUGAAAGUUCUUGCAAAGAUGGGAAUAUCAACUUUGGCCUCGUAUAAAGGUGCUCAAAUUUUUGAAGCACUUGGCCUUUCAUCCGAAGUGGUUGAGAAGUGCUUUGCUGGAACUCCAAGCAGAGUUGAGGGUGCAACAUUUGAGAUGCUGGCUCGUGAUGCGCAUAAUUUGCAUGAAAUGGCUUUCCCCUCUAGAGCUUUCCCCCCUGGUAGUGCAGAAGCUGUAGCAUUACCAAACCCUGGGGAUUAUCAUUGGAGGAAAGGUGGUGAAAUUCACUUAAAUGAUCCAGUUGCCAUGGCAAAAUUACAAGAGGCUGCUCGAACUAAUAGUGUAAAUGCCUAUAAGGAGUACUCCAAGCUUGUCCAUGAACUAAAUAAAGCAUGUAAUUUGAGAGGACUUCUGAAAUUCAAAGAGACGGGGGCGAGUAUUCCUUUGGAUGAAGUGGAGCCUGCUAGUGAAAUUGUUAAGCGCUUUUGCACUGGUGCAAUGAGUUAUGGAUCAAUCUCUCUGGAGGCGCACACUACUUUGGCCAUGGCUAUGAACAAAAUUGGUGGAAAGUCAAACACAGGUGAGGGAGGUGAGCAACCAUCUCGAAUGGAGCCUCUUCCUGAUGGUUCAAUGAAUCCAAAGAGAAGUUCUAUCAAACAAGUUGCGAGUGGGAGGUUUGGAGUUUCAAUGUACUACCUCACUAAUGCAGACGAACUGCAGAUUAAAAUGGCUCAGGGUGCCAAGCCUGGUGAAGGUGGUGAACUUCCUGGUCAUAAGGUGGUUGGUGAAAUUGCAAAAACGAGAAACUCUACAGCUGGGGUAGGGCUUAUCAGCCCACCUCCUCAUCAUGAUAUAUAUUCUAUUGAAGAUCUUGCUCAGUUAAUCCAUGAUCUCAAGAAUUCAAAUCCAGCUGCUCGGAUUAGUGUGAAGUUGGUUUCUGAAGCAGGUGUUGGUGUAAUUGCUAGUGGAGUUGUUAAGGGCCACGCAGAUCAUGUACUAAUUUCAGGUCAUGAUGGAGGUACAGGUGCAUCAAGGUGGACCGGCAUCAAGAAUGCUGGGCUUCCUUGGGAACUGGGGUUGGCUGAAACUCACCAAACUCUGGUUGCUAAUGACCUUCGUGGUCGUACAGUGCUUCAGACGGAUGGUCAAUUAAAAACUGGAAGAGAUGUGGCUAUAGCUGCUUUGCUUGGUGCAGAGGAAUUUGGCUUCAGCACUGCACCCCUUAUUACAAUGGGUUGCAUUAUGAUGCGGAAGUGCCACAAAAAUACAUGUCCUGUUGGAAUUGCUACUCAAGAUCCUGUUCUUCGAGAGAAGUUUGCAGGAGAACCUGAACAUGUGAUCAACUUUUUCUUUAUGGUAGCUGAGGAAAUGAGGGAGAUCAUGUCACAACUUGGAUUCCGUACUGUCAAUCAGAUGGUUGGUCGUUCAGAUGUGUUAGAAGUUGAUAAAGAAGUUGCUUGGCAAAAUGAGAAGCUAGAGAAUAUUGAUCUAUCUCUGCUUCUCAGACCUGCUGCUGAUCUACGACCUGAAGCUGCUCAAUAUUGCGUGCAGAAACAAGAUCACGGUCUGGACAUGGCUUUGGAUCAAAAACUGAUUGCACUUUCAAAGUCUGCUUUAGAAAAGAGUAUCCCCGUGUACAUUGAAACACCAAUUAUCAAUGUUAACCGAGCCGUCGGAACAAUGCUUAGCCAUGAGGUAACCAAGCGUUACCACAUGGCUGGGCUUCCUUCUGAAACUAUUCAUAUCAAAUUCACUGGAAGUGCUGGACAGAGUCUUGGAGCGUUUCUCUGCCCUGGGAUAAUGCUAGAGCUGGAGGGUGACAGCAAUGACUAUGUUGGCAAAGGAUUAUCAGGUGGCAAAAUUGUUGUUUACCCACCAAAGGGAAGUUUAUUUGAUCCUAAGGAGAACAUAAUCAUAGGUAAUGUGGCUCUUUAUGGUGCUACAAGUGGUGAGGCCUAUUUCAAUGGGAUGGCAGCAGAAAGGUUUUGUGUUCGUAAUUCAGGGGCAAAGGCUGUUGUGGAAGGUGUUGGUGAUCAUGGAUGUGAAUAUAUGACUGGUGGCACUGUUGUCAUUCUUGGGAAAACUGGAAGGAAUUUUGCUGCUGGUAUGAGUGGAGGUAUUGCUUAUGUUCUUGACAUGGAUGGUAAAUUUGAAUCCCGAUGCAAUCUAGAGCUUGUGGAUCUUGAUAAAGUUGAAGAAGAGGAUGAUAUUUUGACUCUCAAAAUGAUGAUACAGCAGCAUCAGCGUCACACAUCCAGCAAUUUAGCCAAAGAAGUCCUUGACAACUUUGAGAACCUAUUGCCUAGAUUUAUUAAGGUCUUCCCAAGGGAAUAUAAGCGUAUUCUUGCUGACAUGAAAGCUCAAGAAGCUGUCAAAGAGGCUUUAGAACCAUCUGCUAAAGAUGCUGAGGAGUCAGAUGAGGCAGAGUUAGUUGAAAAGGAUGCGUUUGAGGAGCUCAAGAAAAUGGCUGCUGCCUCGUUGAAUGGGAAUUCUGAACAGGUUGAAAAGACAGAACCUCCAAAGAGACCUACUGAGAUACCAGAUGCUGUUAAGCAUCGAGGUUUUAUUGCUUAUGAACGUGAAGGAGUGAAGUACAGAGAUCCUAAUGUUCGAAUGAGAGAUUGGAAGGAGGUUAUGGAGGAAUCAAAACCUGGGCCGCUCUUAAAGACUCAGUCAGCUCGAUGCAUGGAUUGUGGUACCCCCUUUUGCCAUCAGGAGAACUCUGGUUGCCCUCUUGGUAAUAAAAUUCCUGAAUUCAAUGAGUUAGUUUAUCAGAAUAGGUGGCGUGAAGCCCUGGAGCGGCUUCUUGAAACAAACAACUUCCCAGAGUUUACUGGCCGUGUCUGCCCAGCACCAUGCGAAGGAUCUUGCGUUCUUGGCAUUAUUGAGAAUCCUGUGUCCAUCAAAAACAUUGAAUGUGCCAUCAUAGACAAGGCCUUUGAAGAGGGGUGGAUGAUUCCACGGCCUCCUCAAGUGAGAUCCGGGAAAAGAGUAGCUAUUGUUGGGAGUGGACCAGCUGGAUUGGCUGCAGCCGACCAGCUAAAUAAAAUGGGACACAAGGUAACUGUGUAUGAAAGAGCUGACAGAAUUGGAGGACUUAUGAUGUAUGGAGUUCCAAAUAUGAAGACUGACAAAGUGGAUGUAGUUCAGCGGCGGGUUAACCUCAUGGCAGAGGAAGGUGUUAACUUCGUUGUUAAUGCCAACGUUGGAACUGAUACGUCAUAUUCUCUCGAUCAGCUUCGCAAGGAAAAUGAUGCACUCGUUUUGGCUGUUGGUGCCACAAAACCAAGGGACCUUCCUGUACCUGGACGAGAACUAGCUGGAGUCCAUUUUGCCAUGGAAUUUCUUCAUUCAAACACGAAGAGCUUGCUUGAUAGCAAUCUCCAAGACGGCAACUACAUUUCUGCAAAAGACAAGAAGGUAGUUGUGAUUGGUGGUGGUGACACUGGAACAGAUUGCAUAGGAACCUCUAUAAGGCAUGGUUGCAGCAGUAUAGUAAACCUCGAGCUUCUUCCUCAGCCGCCACAGACCAGGGCUCCAGGAAACCCUUGGCCACAGUGGCCUAGAAUAUUCCGAGUUGACUAUGGGCACCAGGAAGCAGCUGCCAAAUUCGGAAAAGAUCCAAGAACGUACGAGGUUUUGACUAAGCGGUUUAUUGGAGAUGAGAAUGGGGUAGUGAAAGGGCUUGAAGUAAUUCGUGUUCAGUGGGAGAAAGAUGCCGACGGAAGGUUUCAGUUUAAGGAGGUGGAAGGCAGCGAGGAAAUAAUAGAGGCGGAUCUUGUUUUAUUGGCGAUGGGGUUCCUGGGGCCUGAAUCGACAGUAGCAGAGAAGCUAGGCAUAGAGAAAGACAAUAGGUCUAACUUCAAGGCUGAGUAUGGCCGCUUCUCAACUAGUGUAGACGGAGUAUUUGCAGCGGGAGACUGCCGUCGAGGCCAGUCCCUUGUGGUUUGGGCUAUCUCGGAAGGACGGCAAGCAGCUGCUCAGGUGGACAAGUAUUUAGCUAAGGAGGAAAAGGGCGGUAUUGUAGGGGAAGGAGGGUAUGAAGGCGUUGGUAACGGCUCUCAAGAUUAUAACAAUAGACAACAAGAUAGUAGUAGUAGCAGCAGACACACAGUAAUGACAUAGGCGAUAAAAGCUUUUGUCCAAGCUUUCCCUAAGAAUGGAGAAAAGGAAAAAUUCUAUACUUUUGGCUGAAGAUUUGAUAACUUGUUCUACUCAAUAAAAAGCCAAUUCCAGAGGGAGCACCCCAAAGCAAGGUGGUGCAGCAUGUGAGGAAUGGGUUUCUGCUGUUGGCUCUAUUAUUAUUAUUAUUAUUAUUAUUAUAUUUUUAGAAGGGUAAGGUAAAGGAGGAAUGGUGAAUGAUGGUGUGGAGAUAGGUUAAAUAAUAUAUAGUAGAGAGGAUUGUGAUAUUUGUAGUCCUUUGGUGGUUUUUCAUUUUGUUUCUUAUCAUGUUGAUAGGUGUUUUGAAAAGUCUCAAUCCCCCUUUCAAGUUUUUUAGAUAGUUGGCUCUGUUUUUCUCAGAAAUGAAUAAUGUACAGUUUGGGUUAA